AUGACUUACAUCCGCGAUUCUACCACACUGAGAGCUCUUAAUCUUGUAGCAUGGACUGGAUUGAACCAACGGAGAUUUAUCCCAAGCAAAUCAAAUCUCACUGAGGAACUCACUUAUUCGUUGUCAAUCCACGUACCGAAUGAGAGCCGCCAGAUUGAAAUCAUCCUUCGAUUGGCCUCACCCUUUUCCCGUCUCUAUCGGGGUCAUUAUAUCAGGGACCGCGGCCUUGUACCUGAGGGAGGGCUGUCUACAUGGAAGCCUGCCCGCUUUAGCGCGGGGCACAAAGUCGUGGCGGUUCAGGGACUGAAAUGGACUGCAGUAUCGUGCUUUGCGCGCCGUAACCCAACGAUGCUGUUAUGGCCCAUUUUGCCGCCGCCCACCAAAGCAGGACAGCACACUUUUACCCCGCCAUCCUACCCUUUGCGCCAACUAUCUUUGCUAAACAUCCCACUUCGACCCCGCAAUCUCACUUUGUCUACGCAGACAAUCAGAAGCAAACCAGCAGAAAAAAAACAGAACCUCAUCACAGUCAAAAUGGCAGGCGGACAACCAGGAGGCAACUCUCGCGGCCGUGGCGGCAAGUUCAGAAAGUUCACCCGUGGAGGUGGCAAGCACUUCUCCCGUGAUCUCAGACCCCUCGACGCCGAUGGCAACGAAAUCAACAUGUGGGCCGCCGGCUCCAAGAAGAAGGACGAGGAGAGCUCCGAAGAAGACUCUGAAGAGGAUUCUGAGGAGGAGUCCGACUCUGACGAGGGCGGCGCCGCCCAGGCCGAGUUGUCUCGUGCCGAUAGAAAGGCUGCCGCAAAGGCUCGCAAGGAUGCCGCCAUAGCCAAGAAGAAGGCCCAGGCCGUCGAGGUCGGCGACUUGCCCCCCAGCGAUUCCGAAGAGGAGAGCAGCGAUGACGACAUGCCCGCCAACCCCAACCACUCCAAGGCCUCUCGCAACCAGACCAAGGCGCCUGCCCCCAGCGCCGACGUUGACGAGGCCGCCGAGGGCGUCAAGAAGCUGACCGUGGCCAACAAUCGCAAGGAGCGCGAGAGCAUGGAGGCCGCGCAGGCCAAGGAGAGAUAUCGCAAGCUGCACGAGGCCGGCAAGACGGACGAGGCCAAGGCCGAUCUGGCGCGGUUGAGACUCAUUCGUGAGCAGAGAGCGGCUGAUGCUGCUCGGAGAGAUGCCGAGAGAGAAGAGCGCGAGGCCCAAGAGGCUGCGAAGAAGAAGGAGAUUGAGGCAAAGGAGGCCAAGAAGCGUGAGGCCGCCCUCGGCCCUUCAGCGAAGAAGGGCAAGAAUUAUAUACCAUCGUUCUUCCUGGUCCAUAUUCGAUCCCAGCAUCGCAUGCCCCGGACACCAUGUGGAAGCCACAAAUGUGGACAAAAGAUUUUGUGUGCCAAAGCCCAAUUGCUGCCAUAG